AUGAGAAGAAAUCAGAGCAUGGUGAAUAACUUCCUGUUGUUGGGAUUCUCUAACCUGCUGGACCUAGAAGGCUUGUUCUUUACUGUAUUCCUCACCAUCUAUCUGUUGACUCUGACUGGGAACAGCCUAAUAAUCAUUGUCACAUUGACCGAUCAGACACUCCACAAUCCUAUGUAUUUCUUUCUUAGGAAUCUCAGCUUUCUGGAGAUAUGUUACACCUCAAUUACUGUUCCCAAAAUGCUUGGAAAUCUCCUAUCAGAGGACAAAACCAUUUCAUUCCUUGGCUGUGCUUUUCAAAUGAGCAUCUUCCUCAUCAUAGGGGCAGCUGAGUGUUACAUUUUGGCUGCCAUGGCAUAUGACCGCUAUGUGGCUAUUUGUCAACCCUUGCAUUACACUCUUAUUAUGAGUAGUAGAGUAUGCUAUGAGCUGGUUGCAGCCUCCUGGUUGGCUGGUGUUCCAGUGCAACUUGCCCAGACUUCCUUGGUUUUCACCUCUUAUUUUUGUGACUCCAAUGAAAUAAACCACUUUUUCUGUGAUAUCCCUGCAGUGGUCAACCUUAUAUGUGGAGACGUCUCUAUAAAUGAGCUCGUAGCCCGAGUGGAGGUUGUAUUACUUGCAGUAAUCCCUUUUGCUUUGGUCCUCAUGUCAUAUGUAUGCAUUGCUUCCACUAUUCUGAAGAUACCAUCUGUAGAGGGGAGGUGCAAGGCCUUUUCAACAUGCUCCUCACAUCUGAUGGUUGUGGUGGUUUUCUAUGGCUCUGGAAUGACAGUGUAUCUGAAACCAAAGUCAAGUCAUUCUCUGGAUACGGACAAAUUCCUAUCACUCUUCUAUACCGUCCUGCCACCAUUUAUAAAUCCUCUUAUUUACAGUCUAAGGAACAAGGAGGUGAAAGAGGCACUUGGUAAAGUUUUUCUCAUUCUUCACCCAUGA